AUGGAUUUAUUAGAUCAGAUUGUAAUAUUUCGAGGUUGCGAGCCAUCUGUUAUUAUUAGUUAUAUUGCAAUUGUCAGAGAAGUAUACUUGCAUGCAUGCAGCAAUCUUAAGAAAGAAGAUAUUAGUAUUCAAGAAAGAAAAACAAAAAUGUUAGAGCAAUGGCGACAAAUUGAAAAGCAUUUUGCUAAAAUCAAAUAUGCAAUGUUAGAUUGUUGGCCUAUAGGUAAUGAAUCUGAUCUGAUGGCUGUCUAUGUUUCCAUUGCAUUAUUAUAUUCAUUGUACAAAGACGUCUCUGAUGAGAAGAUUAUACGACAGUGUUAUGAAGCAGUAGAGCGUGCUCGAAAAUGCAAUCGCGCUAAUCUAAGCGAGAGUCAGUCUAAUGAAGUGCAACAAUAUUGCGACAUGAUUGAAAACAUUUUCUUUUUGCGACAUCAACGAUCAACAAUGAAUAAUGGCAGUAACGAAUAUGUAAACAACAAUAUCGUCAACCAUAGUCAGUCAGGUGACAAUGGCAUUAAAAAUGACAAUCACUUACAACUUGACAAUCAACAACAACUUGCUACUAUUCCUGAAGUUUGUAUUAAUUUUCUUAAAUGUGAUCCUGAUAAUUCUUUGAAUUGUCAUUCUGCAUUGAAACGUGUCAAAGAUGGCCCUGCUAUUUUAGCUGAAUAUGGACAAUUAACUACUGUCGGAAAAACUCUGACCUCUGAAAAAAUAUGCCAGAAACGAUUACGUCCCAGUGAUUUCGAAAUUAAAACUGCUCAGAAAAAAUUAAAAUGCCAAAAGCCAAAGAACUCUCAGACGCUAUUAACUGAAUUUGAAGCUGUCCUGUUAGCACGAAAUGCGGUUGGUAAUGGAGAGUUCGAAUUCCCACGACCAAGUGACUUGAAAUCAAAUCGAAAUUUGGAAAUCUUCAAAUCAACGGUGAAUAGUCGACAUUGCAGACCAAAGUCUAAGUUACCUGAUAUUUCUGCUGCCGAGAAUUUGGGCAAUGUAGAAGCGAAUUCUGAAAAUUUAAAUUCAUCUAAUUCUAUUGUUCAAGUCCUUGAAUCCAGCGUAAUUUCCCCUGUUAAAUCCCAGUCUUUCAUGAAUCAGAAAGAAAACAAAAUGGCAUCAGUAAAAAACAUAACGAAUAAGGAUACACUAGUUUCCGGAUCAUCUCAAGAUGCUGCUGAUACGGCUUACUCAUCCUCUACUCAAGAUGAGGUUUUUGAAACAAAAACCAAAAAGAUUGAAGAAUUGAUUAAGCAAACUCAAACAAAUACAGCUUUUUCAAAGAUCCAAUCUUACGCAAAUGAAUUCGUUGAAAAGAUUGUUCGCUCAGUAAUAGGAGUGAACGAUGAGCCAAGAAAGUGUUCACGACGAAAUUCAGAAACAAUUCAUAUAACUGAUACUGUAACAUCAGUUAUCCUCACCUCCAACAAUUGUCCAGAACCAAAACAAAUAUCCAUUAUAAUGCUCAAUAAUGGAAGUGAAGAAAUUAGAGGGGAAUCGGAUGGAAUGAACAAAAACGUAUUAAUUCAGGCGAAACGAAUCUUAAAGGAAAAUGAAGAUGUUAUAACUGAAUCUGUAGCCGUGGGCGUUAUUACUGAUCCGAAUUCCAAUGAUAUGUUAAGAAGAGAUAAGUAUAACAGCGAAAGAAUAUCGGAUAGGAUGAUUGUUGUCGAAGAUUACGCGGAGAUGGAAUUAAGUCAUGGUCAGACGUUAGAAAGUUUCUGCAACUUGCAGCAAACAUCUAAAAGCUUUACCAAUUCUGAUCUAUCUUUGAUUCCACUUCGAGUUAAACUGUCAACUUCUGUUCCACCGGAAUCUAUCAUAACCUUCUCAAAUUCAGCUGAUUCAGGCAAUAAAUCGAUGCGAGACAGAAAGAAAAUGAAAACUGAUUCAGUAGCCGACAUACCGGAGGAAUGGAACAAGAAGGAAGAAAAGAUGCACAAAUUGGUCGAUGAUGAGGAUGAAAUAGAAAGUUACAUUGUUCCGGAUCAUCUCAAUGAGAUGCAUAAAGCGAUCAGAAAAGAAAAUAAUGAGAAGUUUGGAGAAAUUUCGGAACCUCUUCAGAAACCGGAAGCAAGUAAACAACAGCAAUUAUCAGCGGUAACCGAAGCAUCUAUUAUCACCGUUGAGAAAGUUCCUCUGAAACAGACUGGGAAUCAAAUUGAUCCUGAUUAUAUAUUAAAGGAACUGGAUGAUACACAAGAAAAGCACGCUGUUACUGCGACUGAACUUUUUGCCAGUCGGAGAAAUAUUUUUUCCGGAACAGCUAAAAACAUAUCUAACGUUGUAUGGACGAAUAAAGAAGUGAUUCCUUCAACUCCAAAUAAUCAGAACGAUGCUUCAACUGGACAGGAAGAUCCAACUGCACUGAUACAUCCCGAUGAUUUCAAUUGUUCAUCGGAUAGUCCACCGAUACAAAUAUUGAACUACACUCCUGAGAUGUCUUUAAUGGAAAUCAUUCCAGAUGUGAUCGAAAAUUUAGUUGACACUUUAGAACAAUAUGGCACAAAUGAAAUAAAAUCUCAAAACGAACUCUUGAGUAAAGAAAUACUCUUUAAAAAAUACAUCAAUUUUGAGCCUCCAUCAUGCAGGUUGCAAAGAGUUCCUGAAUUUGAUGCAAUGCCUUUAUCUACGGAACAAUUACUACCAAAAUCUAAAUCACGAUUUCAAAUGUUUCCAGCUAGAUCGACGAUUUCGGAUCAAAUAAAACAUCAUCAGUUCAUGUCUCAUUCCACGAAAAAAGUGUCGAGAAGCUUUUCAGAUAUAAUCCAUUCCAGUUCUGGGGAAACAGGAUUAAAAGCUACUGGAUUCAGAGGUAUUAGCACAGUCCAAAUAGAACCCAUCGUAAAACCGAGUCUCCAUCAUAAACUUCAAGCCUCAUUGACGCCUGAUGCAACAUCUCUGAUAUCUUCACCCUCACAGGUUAUCGCAAACAAUUCAGAAAGCAUCACUUCACCGAGAACUAACCAGGAAUCAAUAAUAACCGAAUUUAAAAUCAAUGAAUAUAUCGCAUCGAAACAAAAGAUUGGCAAAGAAAGCAUCGAGUCAACAUCGAAACCAGUCUUGGAAAAGUUCUUUUUUACAAGAAAUGACACUAAAUAUCAUCAAAGAGAAGAGACUCGACUGAAUCCAGAAAUACAACAAACAGGCUUGCGCAGACCGCAAAUUGUACCACCGCCCAGACAACAACUAAAUAAGCCAACAUCUGUUUCUUCAAAACCAUCAUUGUUGUAUAGACCUAAGCAUUUAUUUAUAACGGGGGAAAAACCUAUUGAAGCGAGUGCAUCUGAAGCCAACUUUUCAGACUACGAUGAUAAGAAGUCUGGUUUCAUUGCAUCAGAAAUCUGCCAAGCUAGUAGUUCACAAGAAACAGGAUUAUCCGAUACACUUGAAGAAAAGUCAUCAGAAUUUGGAAAGCCUAGGUAUAAUACAAUAAACAAGGAACAACAAAAGCGAAGUAAAAUUAGGACUAUUUGUGAUCUAAAAGAUAAAUUACUGCCAUGUAGAGAAGGAAGCAAUGAACGAAUGAGUGACAGCCAGGCGACAAAAACUUCCUCUACAUCAAUGGAAAUCAUUCAAAUUCCGCAUUUUGACGCGAAAGCGGAAUUCGAUAGGCGGCUUUCGAUCAAAAAGAGCCAUCUUGGAGAAGUGCCAGUUAUCGUAAAAAGUGCAGUCUUAAAAUCCAAGAGCAAAUUACCGCUAUCGAGAUGUUUAACCGAUGAAUUAUUAAUUUCUCCUAUAUCUGGGAUAAAUGACAGCGAGAAACCAGAUUUCAAUUUUAUUAUCAGAAAGAAGUGA